AUGGGCCUCUUCUCUGCCUCGGGCGACUAUGCCCACAGCAAGAAAAAGCUCAACGCUUACAAUCUCUACAUGAUUCUCUUCGUCUCGCUCGGCUCCCUCUGCUACGGAUACACUGCCAACGUCAUCUCCGCUACCCUCGCUCAGCCGACGUUCACCUCGUACUUUGAGCUAGAUACCAGGCCGGAUGGGACUGCGUUACUGUCGGCGACCAAUGGCAUCUUCCAGACUGGAGGUGUGAUCGGGACGUUGAGCCUGAGUUGGUUCAGUGACAAAUGGGGGCGGAAAGGUGGACUGCUGGUGAGCGCAACACUCAUCAUCAUCUCCGGAGCCGUCCUGGCAGGCAGUCCCAACAUGGCCACCUUCCUGGUCUUCCGGUUCUUCGCCGGUGCAGGAGCUUUCAUGAUCCUCGCCGCCGUACCCAUCUGGAUGGCUGAGAUCGUACCGCCCUACCUUCGUGGUGCUCUGGUACAGAUCCAUGGCAUCAUUCUUGUACUGGGGUAUAAUUUUGCCUCUUGGCUAGGCUUCGGAAUCUAUCACUGGAAGGACGGCGGCUCGGCCACCUGGCGUAUACCCUUCGCUGUGCAAUGCCUUUGGCCGCUUUGCUUGAUCAUCGGGCUGUGGUGGGUUCCCGAGUCUCCGCGUUGGUUAAUCUGGAAGGACCGCCAUGAAGAAGCCAAAAAGAUCCUGCUCCACCUGCAUGACGACCCUGCCGAUCCUUCCCACACCUUGGCUCGCACAGAGUACAUCCAGAUCGAAAGACAGAUCGCCAUCGACCGCACGCUGCCGACGAGCUGGAUGCAUGUUAUGAAGAAGUCGACUUUGCGGAAGCGAGCUCUGAUCACGAUUGGAACGACCGGUUUCAUCCAGUGCUCCGGCAUUCUCGUCAUUAACAACUACGGGCCGCUGCUGUAUGCUGGUCUUGGAUACCCCACCGAAACCCAGCUCCUCUACGGCGCAGCAUGGCUCACCUUUGCUCUAGGCCUGAACUCCAUCUCACUCUUCAUCAACGACCACUACUCCCGUAACCGCCUUAUGGCCAUCGGCGUCUUCGGCUGCAUGGUCGUGCUCUCCUGCGAAGCUGGCAUCGUUGCCAAUUACGUCGACUCUACCAACUACGCUGCCCUUCGCGCCGGGGUUGCCUUCCUCUUCCUAAUCGAGGUCCCUUAUGACUUCUGCCUGAAUGGCAUGCAGUUUAUCUACAUCUCCGAGAUUUGGCCAGUCCACUUACGAGCGAAGGGAAUGAGCCUAGGCGUCGCCAUGAUAUCGUUCAUGAACAUAGUUUGGCUUCAGAGUGCCCCCACAGCGCUGGCCAAUAUCGGCUGGUAUUACUAUCUUGCCUUCAUUAUUCCCGGGACCAUCGGAGCGGUCGUUAUGUUCCUCUACUUCCCCGACACACUGGGCAAGCCACUGGAGGAAAUUGCGGCCCUGUUUGGCGAUCAUGACGAAGUCGCGGGUUACAUGCGAGACAUCGAAAUCAGCUCUGAAGAAAUCGAAAACGUUGGCGGUUUCGGGAGAGAAAAGGGCGGGUCGACGCACAACGAACACCACGCCGCCGGUAAGGCGUAA